AUGGCUGCUGCCAUGCUUACAGUUACCCCGGCUCUUGCCAACAGCUUCGAGUAUAACCUUGUUGAAGGAGUCCCAUGCACACAGCAACCAGACGAGUCAUUCACUUGCUCGGAUGGCAGCGAAAACUCAACUGUUGCACUGGACGACUAUUAUGCCGAAAUUUCAGUUUACCCAACAACACCAAAUCUAGGAGGAGUAAAGGCUGAAUGUGGUGGUCCUGACGCGUUCAUCUUCUUUGUUAUGAACGCUGCAGGCUUUUACGUGGAGGAGUGUAGUGGGAAGGCUUUAUCUUCUGUAAUCACUGUUAGGGCCAGAAACGACUUUUCAAUUCAAUCCGCCGGCCAGGAGCUUACCUUCACCGAUGCAGACCCGUGUACCCAGAGCUCUGACGGUGGUUUUACCUGUUCAGGUGGUGGCACAAUUAGAACGGCUAAUGGGGCUAUUACGAUGACUGCAGAGGAAGACGUUGACACGGCAAUCAGGGUGAUCUGCAAUGCCGGCAGCUCUGUCUUCUACACAUCUGCAGGAGACAUAGGCAACUUCAUGAAGCCUAGUGUCUGUGGAGACGAUCACCGGGGGCCGACCGGAUUCAACUGGCCAAUCUUGUUUCAGAAGAAUAUCGUCCCCGAUAUCAACAAACAGAAGGUUGUUAAAGGAGAGAUGAGCCGUCUCGGAGAGAAGACAUCCCCACCAUUCGGCGUGUCGCACGAGCUCUAUCUUGGCGCUGCUGUUGCUGUGCGCAUCAAGUCUGGCAGCUGGCUUGAGCUCUAUCGCGCGGGGUUUCGCGCUACAGUCUCGCCCUCGACUGGUGAAUAUUGA